CUGAGAACUCAUCUAGAAAACAGUGCCAGGUAUAUAAGUUAAGAAGGGGAUCCAGGGUUGGGAGCUGCAUGUAAGUGGAGUAGAGGAAAUAAAGGGGGUGGGUACAUACAUGAGACCAUUUGUUAUAGGACUGGUUGGAGGAAAAAUGAGAGAAGACUAAGAAGUAUACUUUCAUAUCACCUGCCGUUGGCCAAAACUUGAUUUAAAGUACCAAGCCUUUGAUUUAGUCCGCAUGGAAAUGUAGACUUCUGGAGAAGAUAAAAGAGGGAGAAGAGAGGCGCCCUUGUGAGGUCUAGAAAACCUGAGAGAUGUGAUUAAAGAAGUGAACGUGGUUAAUGGGAAAUGGCAAUCCUGGAAGGAAGCUCUGUGUCACGUGUCCCACAUCAUCACUUUCUCCCCAUUGGUCUCUAGGUCUGUGAAUGGGAGACAGUGGGUACCAACUGUUUCUGGUAGGAAGCACUUUUGACUCUUUGGUUUUAUUUCAUGAAAUGAUGUGGGGGAACUUUGAGCAAUUCAAGAGGUGGAGUUAGUAUGGUGGGAAAGACAUGCAGUGUGGAAGGAAGAACAAAGGCUUUGGAGACAUAAAUAGUUAGCUUCAAAUUCUCACACUGCCAUUUCCUCCCUUUGUGACUGUGGAUAAGUCAUUUUAUUUGUCCAAGCUUUAGUUUCCUCACCUGUAAACAUGAAACUACUGCUCGUCUCCUAGAACUGAUGUGAAGGGUUAAAUAAGAUAUUUAAAAUGCUUAAUACUUAGAAGGUACUCUGUAAAUGUUAGUAUACAUGUUAGCUUGGUCCUGGGGUUGUUAAAUCUGGAGAUGAGAUUGAAUUACCUGGUUUUCAGAAGCUCCAGCUUUGUUUUAGAAGUCUUUGUUUAGAUGCCAUUUUAAGUGAGGCUAAUAUGUAAAACAUUUGGGCAGAGAUAGGGGGCCUCGGAGCCCUGCCCUCUCAGUCUCUUACAGAUUUCAUCCCUACCUCUUCCCUGAAGUCUCUGAGAAGUUUCUUUGAUUAUAAUUUGAAAACCACUCAUUUUACAGAAGUUUUCAACUUUGCAGCUACAAGAAGGGACCCUUGAGCCUCCAUGGGCAGAAGGAAAGACAACCCUGCAGCUAGAACACUUCCUUCGGUCCAGAACUAGAGAGCGAGAGCUUUGUUUCCUGACGGAAGUGGGGGGAAAAACCCCGCGGGGGCCGGAAGUUGUGCGUCGCGUCCUCGCGCCGGCCUCCUUGGCCGCGGGGUGAGGCCGCGGCGGACUGCCCUUCCUCAAGAUGGCGUCGAAGAUAGGUUCGCGACGGUGGAUGCUGCAGCUGAUCAUGCAGUUGGGUUCGGUGUUGCUCACACGCUGCCCGUUCUGGGGCUGCUUCAGCCAGCUCAUGCUGUACGCUGAGAGGGCCGAGGCGCGCCGGAAGCCCGACAUCCCAGUGCCCUACCUGUACUUCGACAUGGGGGCGGCCGUGCUGUGCGCUAGCUUCAUGUCCUUUGGAGUGAAGCGGCGCUGGUUCGCUCUGGGGGCCGCACUCCAGCUGGCCAUUAGUACCUACGCCGCCUACAUCGGGGGCUACGUCCACUACGGGGACUGGCUGAAGGUCCGUAUGUACUCUCGCACAGUUGCCAUCAUCGGUGGCUUUCUUGUGCUGGCCAGCGGUGCUGGGGAGCUGUACCGUCGGAAACCCCGCAGCCGUUCCCUCCAGUCCACCGGCCAGGUCUUCCUGGGCAUCUACCUCAUCUGCGUGGCCUACUCACUGCAGCACAGCAAGGAGGACCGGCUGGCGUAUCUGAACCAUCUCCCGGGCGGGGAGCUGAUGAUCCAGCUCUUCUUCGUGCUGUAUGGCGUCCUGGCCCUGGCUUUCCUGUCAGGCUACUACGUGACCCUGGCUGCCCAGAUCUUGGCUGUUCUGCUGCCCCCGGUUAUGCUGCUCAUUGAUGGCAACGUUGCCUACUGGCAUAACACGCGGCGUGUUGAGUUCUGGAACCAGAUGAAGCUCCUUGGAGAGAGCGUGGGCAUCUUUGGGGCCGCUGUCAUCCUGGCCACCGACGGCUGAGUUGCACAGCGGGAGUCUGAGAUGGGUGCAGGGAGCCAGUGAGGGCUACCCUACCUUCCUCCUUGCUGGCCCAGUUAUGUUUACUUAUGCUUUUUGGUCUGUUUGUUUGAUCACUUGAGUUGUGUGCAUGUGUGUGCGUACGCAUGUGUGUGCGUGUGUUGGUAAGAAGCAGGUCUCUUCCCCAGUUCCUGGGCUUGGGCCUUGGUGAGGUGGGAGCCCUGAUGACUCUGCCUUACAGGUUUCUUUUUCCUGUUUGUUACGAGGAGAGCUGAGGCCAGCUGCUCCCUUGGGUCUCCUGUCCCAGGGAAGGGAGUAAGGCAGGGCUAGGGUGGGGUACUGAGAGUGGGAGACAGAGGAGAACCGGAUGUGAGCCAAUGUGAAACAGCCCUUUUUGAACCUGGCAGACGCAGCUAGGCUCCGCAGUGCUUUUCUGAGACUGAGAGCGAGUGAGUGUGCACGUUGACACGUGGCUCAGGCCCAGGAGCAGAGGGGCCGGGCACCACGGAAGUCAUGUGGGCUCUCAGGGUGUGCCAGGGGCAGAAACAGCACUAGCUGUCACCCACCUUGAGGGUAGAGCAGGCCCCAGUUUACUCUGGGGUUUGCAGGGGUGGGACAGGCAGCAGCCAGCUUCCUGCCUCUGGCCUUCUGUUUCCAGCUCCGUGGUUGGCCUGGUGGGGGUGAGUGCCCGCCCAAACACCAGACCACACAGUCCUCCGAAAAUAAACAUUUUAUAUAGACA